UUUUCUGGUUGGUUGUUGACAGCUGCAGCUCCAACGCCGCCCCUCCUGCUCUCCGCGGACAUAAAAAGCCGUUUUCAGCAGCUGCUCGUCACUGUUUUCUCGAGUUUUCACUCCUACAAACAACCGAUAACAAUGAGUGGCCGCGGAAAGACCGGAGGUAAAGCCAGAGCGAAGGCCAAGACCCGCUCCUCCAGAGCCGGACUCCAGUUCCCAGUGGGCCGUGUUCACAGGCUGCUGCGCAAAGGUAACUACGGAGAGCGAGUCGGUGCCGGAGCCCCCGUCUACCUGGCCGCUGUGCUCGAGUAUCUGACCGCUGAGAUCCUGGAGCUGGCUGGAAACGCCGCCCGCGACAACAAGAAGACCCGCAUCAUUCCCCGCCACCUGCAGCUGGCUGUCCGCAACGACGAGGAGCUCAACAAGCUGCUGGGCGGAGUCACCAUCGCUCAGGGCGGCGUGCUGCCCAACAUCCAGGCGGUGCUGCUGCCCAAGAAGACCGAGAAGGCCGCCAAGGCCAAGUAGAGCUGCCUGCUUCAA